AUUAUUGAUCACCUAACCUCUAGCCAAUAUAACAACUUUGUUACCACAAAACGCAAACACAGUGUUACUUGUACACACUCACAGAAGAGAUGGAGUCCUCACGUGGCAAGGUUUUAAAAUUACGGCCGAUAUAUAGGAGAGUAGGAGAGAGUAGCUAAUUAAUGUUAUAAAGGCUCAAGCCUAUAUAUAUAUAGGAGUAGCUAAUUUUAUAAGGGGACGAGUUCUUUGACAUUAAUAUGGAAUUCUUGUUUUGUUUGGACAUGAUGAUCUUUGGAAUUGGAAUUGUGGGGUGGCGUUCCCCCAAAAUCCCUUCACUGCUUUUGGAUCUGGCCUGAGCUCCGUCUUCGACUUAAUCCUGUAAGACAAGGAGCCAUCGUUAGUGCCUAACCGUCCAGUAACAAUUGAGAAGGCACUCUGAUAGUUAAUUAAGUAAGCCCUUGAUCAAGAAGAUGAUGUACAGAGCUCUUAUUAGAUCAGUAGAAACGACGUACCUCUUUGGGUAUGCCAGCACUUGUACCACCAACACCACACCACUACCGCAGCCGCUACUACCAUGGGUUGGUUUUAGUUUCUUGUCUAGCGUGCGUAUGCCAUCUUUCUACCACCACCACUACCGCUCCUACCAUCUUUUAUCUCUCUAUACCAUCUUUCCACCAUCUUCCAUCCUUUCAAUCACAACAUAUCUUUACCAAGAGUACCACGCCACCACUCGCUACCGUCAUCACCAGCACCACCCUCUACCACUGUCACCACCCUCAUCCCCAUCCUUACACCACCAUUGGCUACCUCUGCUUCAACAAACACAUACAACCAUGACCACCAUCGCUACCCUCCUCUCCACCACAUUACCACGUGCAUUUAGCACCUCUCCACCACCAACCACCACAAACACUUGGCGACCAUUAGUAAAACAUCUAAAGGGAAUAAGUACUGAUGAUAUCAAACCCAUUUAUCUUUCUUUCAUUUUUCAGAGCAUCACCUUACUUUUUCCCUCCCUUCAAUGUCAGGUUAUAAAAGUACCUCAAGUUCCUUCUAUCUGUGGCUAGAAUGCCUUUUCAGUUGUGUUUAAGUUCAGAGUUGUACUUUAGUAAAUCCUUGGUUUUAUCUUAUUUUAUUAUCAGUGUUAUU